GAGUGUAAUCAUGAAAUGUCUACUCACUAUCAUAUUGAAGACACCUGGGUGCAGCUGUCGCCAGACCCACAAGUUUGACAGACGUCACCUCAACAACUUAAACCUAUGGCCCAGCUAACUUGGAGAUACUUAACGCCUGGACCACUUGCUGUUAGCGGAAUUUAUUCUGAAAAGGACAUUGAACGAUUAAGGGAACACAUUAUGUUUCCUGCUGAGAAGCCAGCUGUGCUUAACUCUAUCGCUAGAGGAUUGACCGGACAUUCAUUUGACCCAAAUGCGGUCUCACUGUACAACAUGUUGGACGAAAACGCUCUAAAUAAAAUUGCCGAGUCCGCAGCCUCUAGGAUCUGGAAGGGAUUUGUCUCUUUCGGAUCAGCCAUAGCCGGAUUGUUUGGAAUAUUCUUAAUCGUACGGUUGAUUAAGAUUAUCAUUGACACAACUAUUCAUGGAUACGCCCGACAUACUGUCUAUGGAUGCAGUAUGCACUUGCUAGGAGCCCUAUGGAGUUGCAUCACGCACCUGCUUCUCCAUUUGGCCAGAGGACCCAUUGACAAGGACAAAGAGCAACAACUUGAUGACCAGGACGCAACACCCAAGCUGACGAGCACGAGCAAGGAUCACCAGAUCACCAUCAGCAGCCCUACCUGCCCAAUCGAGGACCAACCUCAUCUCAGCGAAUCACCGAUUAUUGUAACUACCCCAACUACUUAUACUUAUCUUGAUUUAAAUCAAAGAUUGGAUGAGGUUAAUCAAAUUCCUCGAUUGCAACGGAAUUUGACUUAAAAAAAAGGGGGAGGUGGCGUCCCGUCAUUUUUUUCUUAUUUUUCAUUAUUUUUCAAAAUUUUUGACGCAAAACUGUUUUAAAUGCUGUAAAGACACAUUUAACAAAAUUAAAAUGAAAUCAAGUAAACUUUAAUGUCAACAAAUUUAAACCUCAAUCCUAAAAGAUUUAAAUCAACCUCACUAAGACAUUUAAGGUGUAUAACAUUUUCUCACGGUAGCGAGUCGGAACUAACUGACUGAACCGUGACAAACAAUAUUGACGUCAUGUUAACUAAUUGCAGCAAUCCUCCGAUUGCCUGAUUAAAUAAUUCUUGCACGAUAAUUAAAAGAAUAAUUCGGUAAUAAUCUUACCGAACUAAACAAAUAAAGAUUUUUGAUGUCAUUAUUGUAUAAUAAAAAUAAGCGCCUACAAACGAAUAUACAUAUACAAUCCUAUAUAAUAUCUUUAUAUAAUCUGAUAUCACUAAAUAUUUUAUUCUCCAAUAUAUAAUCUCUCAUUAGCCACCGCUAUAUUUGGAUGGCUACAGUAAUUUUUAUUAAUUGUUUAUUCUCAUAAUUAAUCCCGUAUAACUAAUUGCGUUUAAAAGUUUUGUAAACAAGUAACCUAACGUUAAGCAAGUUGAAAAAUAAUCUGCUUGCAGCCUGGAUAUGAUUAUUUACAGUCAUAGAGUAUUAUACUUCUACAAAGGUAAGGAUAAUGCUUUUUAUCCUUCCCCGAUUCCCAACCCCGACAUUCUACAACGCUAGAACAACACACUCACUCUUAACAUCAUAUAAAUUCUAUCUUAUACCAUUUUAUUAUAAUUUUCGUGGCAGCUGUAGAAUAGCCUAACGAUACAGAUAUUAUUUUCUUUUAUCUUAUUUUUGGUGGCAGCAUAAUUCUAAAAAUUAUAUUAGAAUUAAAUCUUGACAGAAAUAUUAACCAUCAAUUAUUCUUUAUUUAUUGGCACUAAAUAAACUACCCUGAGACGAUAACCUUAAUAAUUGAUUAAUUGAAAUAAAUAUUUUAUUAAAUGAUCUUUAAAUUGCUUGCAUAACAAACCUUCUUAUACGAUUCGAGUAAACUGUAAUCUUAAAAUAAUUAAUGAAUAUUAUUUAAUAAAUUAGAACCUUGCUAACUAAACAAUCCUCCAAAUUUGUUAUAAACAUUUGCUUUAAAUUUUGGCGAUUAUACCUUUCUUUAAAAAAUAAUUACUAUUAAUUUUGAAUAAGAAAAAUAAAUCUAGGAUGUGCCACAUUAAAUUAUAUACAUUUCAUAACUUUGUUCCACAAGAAUAUUUUAUAUCUCAAAAUUUUGACCGAUAAGCUAAAAUUUGCAUAUAAAGUUACUUGCAUAAUUUUUCGUCGUGAAUACAAAAACCGCAAUUUCAAAUUCGUAUCUUGGAUAAAUUUUUCAUAAUAAAAUAAAUGUUCUCAAAUAAAUUUACUUAAAAGAACUAAGAGCUAUAGUUAGUUUUAGUACUCCGCUUACAUUAAAAAUAUAUAUGUAAAUCAGAACAAAAUAACACUGUUUUCCUAAUAUUAUCAUAAGGUCAAAUUUUUGAUCGACAACCUAAAAAUUUUAUAUAACAAAAUUCUCAGUAUUUAAGUGCCUAAAAGAUUACAUAAAAGUUAUGCCCAAAUUUAACAUAAUUAUAAAUUUAUAGAAAUACACUUCAAAAUUUUGACCGUCAAUCAAAAUUUUUUAUAAGACAUAAAUUUACGUACAAUCAAUUAUCUAAACAGUCCUAUAGAAAUAACAUUAAAAUUUUAAUUGUUUAAACCCCUAUGAUAUAACAAUAUUGGAAUUUUUAUAAUGACAAAGGGAGUUAUGUAUCGGCAUCAAUACUGUUUUACCUUCUCUAUAAGUACAUACUAUUAAUACUAGCUCAUAUUGAUAUCCAUUAUAAAUUUUUAAUUUGUUUAAACAAAAUAUUGAUUUACAAUUUUUAUAAAUCUCGCCAUACAACUUCUUUUGACCAUCUAAAUCUAACUACACACCUUUUAUUUUGAUCAAAAAUAAUAACCUUUUUAUUUGUUUAAAUAAACAAAUUAUCAAAAAUCCAAAAUAUACGUUUGAAAGGCCAUAAAAACGAUUUUAGGAAUUGGUGUGAACUCUUAACCCCAACCGUUCCGAAGCUAUGAUUUUUUGAAAAACUCACCCCGGAACCAUCCUCAUGGCACAAAAUGCACUCCGUAAGAAGAGAGGCAGGGCCGAUCAUUAUGAACAUACUCCCGACCUUAAAAUAAUUUUUUUUCCAAAAUCACCCCCUCCGAUCAAAACCACCCUUAUAAGGAAAAUUACCCCUUAAAUAAUUAAUAACAUCCCCCUAGGUUUCAAAUUUUUCCGACAAAUAACUUUGAAGUUACAAAUUUUUAAAGUAAGUAUUUUAUAUACCUUACUUUUGGGACACCCUAUACA